GCUUCUCUCUCUCAAGUCCGAACCUCGGCCGACCCUCGUCCAGGCCUGGCCUCGUCGCACCUUCGUCUUCGUGUUCGACAAGCACCUGGUUUUUCCUCCUUCCUGGACCUUGUAUCGUCCAUUUCCCUGGGCAUCGAGGAAGCGAUUGAAAAAGGAUAUCAAGUUGAGAAUGGCACCUGUUGCUUCUUCUGCCACUUCACUGAAAGAAUAUUUGAAAAGAUAUGAAGAUAAGCCUGAUGAGUCGAAUAAGAAGAAAAAGAAGAUAGAGAAAAAGAAGAAGAAAAAAGUUCAACAAGAAGCUAAUGGAGUGAUUGUCGUUGAUACAGACCCAGUUUGGCAAAAACAGGUAAAGCUUGAUGAAGAAAGUGAUGAAUCAGAAGUUGAAGAGAGGCCCCAAGUUAAUGAAGAUAUUGAAGUCAAGCGGAUGAAGAGACUAGAGCUGAUUCGAGAAAAACAUGCAAUUGGUGCUAUUUCUGAAGAUGGAAGUGGUUGGGUUUCAGUAUCUGAAACUGCUACCCAAUUAAGUUUAAAAGAAGAAAAUUCCGAUAUUUCUCCACCGCGUAAAAGAAGACCUCGGAAUGACACACCCUCACCAGAACAUGGUGAAAAGGAAGCUACUGAGUUCCCCCCUCUUCGGAAACGCCACUAUUCUCCAUCACCAGAACCUGAAGGCAAAAAGUUACGUUCUUUUCCCCCAGAUUCUGCACAUGCAGGUGUAGUCAGGCAGAGUUCUAACAUUGCCCGUGCUCGUGAGAGGUCUCGGCACGACUCUCCUUCACCAGAACCUAGUGGUGGUCCCGGGAGAGAUGUUGAUGACCUUUCGCCACCACGGAGGCAAAGGAAGCGCCAACAUUCUCCCGUUCAAGAGUCGGACCUAUCCCCUCCCCGUCGUACCCAUACUAAAACAUCAGCUCAGGAAAAGAAAAACACUAUGAUAUCUGAUUUAUCAGAUAUUUCCCCUCCUCGACGAGUUCGUCGCGGUUCUUCACCCAGCCCUGACUUUCGUACCUCUAUUGGGGAAGAUCUUUCCCCUCCGAGAAAAGGCAGGAAAGGAUAUUCCCCUUCAAGGAAGGAGCCAUCCUCACUUAAGCAACAACCAAGGACGGGGCUGAUUAGUGGUCAAGAUAUUAAAGAGGAAAAUGCAAGAACUAAGAAGGAUGAUUGGAAAAGGUACAAAGAUAUGAACUCAAUGGUAAGUGGUCGUGAUGGAGAACGUGUUUAUCGUGAUAAAAUGACAGGAAAGCGCAUAUCCAAGGAAGAAUUCGAGAAAAAGGAUAAAAAGGAAGAAAAGCCCAAGGAGGUGAAAUUGGAAUGGGGAAAGGGCCUGGCCCAAAAGCGGGAAGCUGAACAAAAAUUGUUGGAAAUAGAACAUGAAAAGGAUCAACCAUUUGCAAGAACAAGGGACGAUCCGGUACUUGAGAAGAUGAUGAAAGAGAGAGUUAGAUGGGGUGAUCCGAUGGCACACUUAGUGAAGAGGGAUCAGCCGAUAUUGACAGAUUUAGGAGCUGAUGAGAAGAUGAAAUCGUCAGGAUUUGUUAUUCCCCAAGAGAUUCCGAACCACAGUUGGAUUAAAAGAGGACUAGAUGCUGCACCAAAUAGAUACAGUAUCAGACCUGGAAGGCAUUGGGAUGGUGUUGACCGCAGUAAUGGGACCGAGAAGGAUUUAUUUAAGCGGAUGAAUGAUAGAAAAGCAACAGAACAAGAAGCAUAUGAAUGGUCCGUAGCUGACAUGUGAGGAAUUGCACGUUUAUGACGAAAAAAUGAAUUAAUUGUUUUGUGUUGUGGAUUGGCUGCUUGUUAUUUUAGACCGAAAUGAUUUGUUAAACAUGCACGAAGAAGAUGUAGACGUCGAUCUUUGUGUAAUUCUGUUAAAUAGAGAUGGCAUAAAAGAUUUUUAAGCUAAUACAACAACAGUAUUCCUAUUUGAACACAUUUUUUUUUGUCA